AGCUGAUGACUGAAAUACUCCACACAGUCUCCGUCCUCAAUACAUGGAUUUCGUCACACGAAUGAUUUUCUAGCCAAUUACGCACAAUGUGGAAAAUCUCAUGCAGGAGGAAGACUCGCAACUUCAUGGGAUUUCACUCAGGAAUGUGUCCUCUGCGCGCACUUGGAGACAUGCAGAGGCAACACGUUCUAGCCUGGUUCCACUCUGUUUUAUGAUACCGAGCCGCGGUGGACCUGCGAUUUAUUCCUGUGAUGGGGAGAAUCCCAUGGAGCUGCGGCGCCGUGAUCCUGCUGGCCAUCAUUAGCUCAUGUCGUGCUGUCACUCUGGAGUCCGUCCACUGGAGCAGCUCCAAUGCAAAAUUUAGUCCAGGUCUGGGCCUGGUCCUGUAUCCUCAGAUCGGGGACAAGAUGGACAUUGUGUGUCCCCGGGCAGAUGCUUCCACGGGGGGAAAGGAGGAGUUUUACCGAGUGUACCUGGUCUCCAGGAGUCAGAUGGAGAGCUGCACCAUCGACAAGACAGACACGCCCCUGCUGAACUGUGACAAGCCUCACCAGGACGUAAAGUUCACGUUCAAGUUCCAGGAGUUCAGCCCCAACCUGUGGGGUCUGGAGUUCCUCAAGGGGAGGGACUAUUAUAUCACCUCCACCUCUGCAGGCUCUCUGCAGGGUCUGGAUAAUACUAAUGGAGGGGUGUGUAGAACCAAAGCCAUGAAGCUGGUGCUCAGAGUCGGCCAAAGCUCUUCAGAUCCACCUUCAACCCUCCAGGAGUCCCCCACCAGAUUCCCACCCACACAACCAAAGUCUAAGUCCAAAGACCUCCCUGCGAAAGAACAGGAUAUAAAAAACAAAACCGACUCAGGCUCAGAAACAGGACAAACAAACCCCAGUGGCAGCGGUGGCUCUAAGCCAGGACUGUUCAUGUGGGUUGUCUGUGGCGGUGUGAUCCUCCUUCUGGUCAUCAUAAUUCUGCUGGUCGUACUGUGGAGGCACCGUCCGCGUCGCUGUGUCCCAGACAGCCAGCAGUCGGCCUCCGUUUCCCUCAACACUUUGGCCGUGGCAAAGCGGGACAGCAUCGGCAGCGACAACAAUGGCUCGGACCGCAGCGAUAUUGUCUUUCCUCUGCGAGCUUCUGACAGCAUGGCCUGCCGUCAUUAUGAGCGUGUGAGCAGCGACUACGGGCCCCCUGUGUACAUAGUUCAGGAGAUAUCGCCCCAGAGUCCCACCAACAUCUACUACAAAGUCUAAUGUUUGCUGCUCUAAUGCCUGUCUUUGGCUGAUAAUCCUAAACUAACACUUCCAUUUCUUUAGUUUGCAGUGGGUGUGAAAAAAGGUCACAUAAGUGAUCAUACAUAGCCUGAGAGCUGUUGCACUGACAAAUGCUGUUGAACCAUUUUGUUGUCUUAAUACUGUGAGAGGAACUUUAUGUGUCAUAAUUGUGUUCAGUUUUUCUGGAAGUGGGCAGCAAAUACCAGUGGUGGGAUGUAGCUAAGUACAUUUACUCAAGUAGCCUAUUACUUAUGUACAAUUUUGAGGUACUUUACUUACCAUUUCAUGACAUUUUACUUCCACUCCACUAUAUUGUGCUAUUUACUCCACCACAUUUAUAUGGCAGCCAUACUUUGCAGAUUAAGAUUUUGCACACAAAACAAGUUUAUGAAAGAUGUUGCAACAGUAUGCAACAGUAAGUACUUAAAAUAAGCUCCACCUCAACCAACUAUAAAAUGAUCAAUCUAAAAACAUAAUAUAUAAUAGAAAAAUAGCCUAACACUCAAAGGAGUACUUUUACUUUACAAUGCAGUACAUUUAGCUAAUAAUACAUACAUACACAACGUAUGAAGAGCUUUUAAAAUAUGAUUCAUUGGAAGAAAUUAAUCUACCCAACAGUAUAAAGAAAUUGACGAAAGAUUCAAUUAUUUGGUUAGUUUAAGUCAGUUAAAAUGAAUCUGACUGUUUGUUGAAGACAUUUUUCAUGAAAAAAACUGUCGACCAUGACGUGGUUUCAGCUUCUCCAAUGUGAUGACUUGCUGCUUUUCUUUGUCUUAAAUGACAGUAAACUGAAUCAUUUUGAGGAUGGACGGACAAAAUGAGACGUUUGAGGACGUCACUCAGAGUUCUGGGAAAUUGUGAUGCAUUCCUCACUAUUUUCAUGUGUUUUACAAACAAUUAAAGGAUUGAGCAAGAAAAUAACCAGCAGAUCUUAGAUCAGUUGCAGCCCUAAAGAAUAGUUCAAAAAUAGCUCCACCUCAAGUGUGUAUUAAUGCAACUUUUCUCUGCAUUGAGUUCUUUUACUUUUGAUACUUCAAGUACAUUUUACUGAUAAAUACUUACAAACUUUUUACUUAAGUAACAUUUUGAAUCCACACAUUUUUAACUUUGAUUUGUAAUGGAGUAUUGUUAAAGCUAAUUGGUACUUUUACUUGAGUAAGUGAUGUAAAUACUUCCUCCACCACAGGCAAGUACUGGUUUGUUUAUGUAUUUUUUUUUUUUUAAGAAAAUGAAUUUCUCACUGCCACUGCACAUGGCAGCUUCAAUUGUACAGUAAAUGUGUGUUUUAUUUAAUUUAUUGAUACAGCUGAAAAAAAGGAUUGAUGAUAACCUCCAACACACAAAAUCUACUGUACAUUUUUCACAACUGAAUUGUUUAAACCUUUUUGAAAUGCUGUUCAGUGAAAUCAAUCUUUCUAUUCCAUGCUGCUUUCAUUUUAAUAUUGUGUCACCUUCUGUUUAAACAGAAUUAUUACUAAACAGUGGUCAAUAUAUAGCAAGGGGGCCAUGCUUAAAAAAAAAAAAUGUAAUUAGGCUACUCAACAUGGGAAAUGUUUUGUAACUUGUGAAAGGUGUGAAAGUUUAAAAAACGGGACAACAACUUGUCAGUAGUCUCUUCAUCCGUGUCUGUCUUCUCUUCCUGCUUUCCAAAACCAACAAGAGCAACAGUGAAAGUGAUGGACACACAGGCUAUGAUAUGAUGAAGAAAUGAGAGUUUGAAUAAGAGUAGACUGCUGAUAAAUCACAGCUUUCCUUGUGGUUACAAAAUGACUUGGCAGCACAACGCGUGCAAUAGUAGCUGCACCACAAUUUGCAUACAGCUAGUGUUGAGACCCUUGUGGUCCCAUUCAGCAAUUACAGCCACUGUCUUAUAGUCAAAGGACUUGUAGACAUUUUCGUUGGUACAUUAGCCGUGGUUGAUGUGAAACUAACUUAAAACUCAUAUAACAUAAUUUUGGGUGGGUAGACGCUGCUCAGAGGAGCACGUCUCGUCCUUACUUAAUGGUGCUCAUGGGAUAGUGACUGUCAUUCUGCUGUGAACAGCACCAUGAUGAAUUUUUCUCCAUGUCUUAUUAGGUUGAAUGGACAAAAAAAAAUGAAUAAUGCAAAAAUACAGUUUGAUUCAGUUUGUGUGAAAGUG